CCUGCUUCCGAUCCCCACAAGGCCUUCUUUCAACUCCACCCAUCAUUAGCCUCUCCAUUAUUUUCUCAAAUUAUAUAAGACAUACUGUCUUUCUUUCUCAUUUUCAAUCGAUUAUCUCAGCAAAUCGAUCAACUAGUCAAAUGGCAAACCACAAAUGGCAAACCAUAUUCCUAUUUAUUUUCAUCAACUCCGCCAUGGCCAAGGCAGUCACUUACAGCGUGACCACCUUAGGAGCCAAACCAGAUGGCAAGACCGACUCAACUAAGGCCUUCCUUUCUGCAUGGGCUAAAGCUUGUGCCUCGGUGAAACCAGCUGUGAUUUACGUGCCGGCAGGGAGGUUCUUGCUCCGCAAUGCCCUGUUCAGCGGACCAUGCAAGAACAGCCUCAUCACCUUCCGCAUUGCUGGCACCCUCGUUGCUCCGUCCGAUUACCGGGUCAUUGGAAAUGCCGGUAACUGGCUCCUCUUUCGGCAAGUCAACGGUGUUACCAUUUCCGGUGGAAUUCUUGACGGUCAAGGCACUGGUUUGUGGGCGUGCAAGAACUCCGGCAAGAGUUGCCCCACUGGAGCCACGACAUUGAGUUUUUCCAACUCCAACAAUAUUGUGGUUAGCGGAUUGGUAUCUCUAAACAGCCAAAUGUUUCACAUAGUCAUCAACGGUUGCAACAAUGUUAAAAUGCAAGGGGUUAAAGUAUCAGCCUCCGGCAACAGCCCUAACACCGACGGUAUCCAUGUUCAAAUGUCGUCGGGUGUUACCAUUCUCAACUCAAAGAUCUCUACCGGUGAUGAUUGUGUAUCAAUUGGUCCCGGCACUUCUAACUUGUGGAUUGAAAAUGUUGCAUGCGGACCGGGUCACGGAAUUAGCAUUGGGAGUCUAGGCAAAGACCUACAGGAAGCUGGUGUGCAAAAUGUAACGGUCAAAACAGUGACAUUUACCAAUACUCAAAAUGGUGUGAGGAUCAAGUCCUGGGGGAGGGCUAGCACUGGAUUUGCCAGGAACAUUCUUUUCCAACAUGCUGUCAUGAUUAACGUUCAAAAUCCGAUAGUCAUCGAUCAACAAUAUUGUCCCGACAAGAAAGGCUGCCCUGGCCAGGUUUCUGGAGUUAAAAUCAGUGAUGUGACAUAUCAAGACAUUCAUGGUACAUCGGCAACAGAAGUUGCAGUGAAAUUCGAUUGUAGUUCAAAGUACCCAUGUAGCAGAAUCAGAUUAGAGAAUGUGAAGCUCAUUUACAAGAAUAACCAAGGAGCUCUAGCUUCAUGUAGCAAUGCUGGUGGAACAUCUGCGGGUACGGUGCAGCCUACAAGUUGUCUGUAGUAGGACGAGUGCUUGGAGCAAAAGGAAGAUAUCGAAUUAAGUAAAUUAUAGCCUAGAAGAUCUUCAGUGUGUGUGUAGUAGUUGAUUGUUUGAACGAAUUGAAGUAGUAAUUGCUUGAGCCUGUGGUGUUGGCAGCUCCGAUCCUAUUAUUUGUUGAUCGA